AGUUUAUCAACACACCUUGGCGGCAAGUCAUGCUAACAGAAAUAUAUUGAAAAAUCCAAAUUAAGCUAAAUAUGUGGAGAAAACGUAACACCGUGUAUUUUUAACAAUCUACGCAAGUAUUUUUUUUACAACAUUUAUCAUAUUUACGAACAAACUCGUUUUUCAGUAUUUUCUUUGCCGCGGAAUGUUACCAAACGUUAGGACUUGUGUAAUAACAGGCUUGCGUUACUGUCUCUUGUCCAAAUGUCACAGAAGGACGACUCUGAAAAUGACAUUUGGGAGUACAGACCCCUUGAGAAGAAAAGAAAAAGGAACGACUCACCGUCUGGGACCAAAAGAAGAACAAGAAGCACCUCCAGGAAAACUAAGAAGCAAACUUCUGUUUCAAUUAAGUCAGAUAAGAGUUUGAACAAAGCAGCAGAAAGGAGGGAUUCAUGCACCACAACCGGUAACGAAGACGCCAGAAGCAGCUUAAAGUCUCACAAUUUACCCUUUAAUGCAUCCAAAACGCAAGACUCCACACAAAAAAGCAACGACAAUGUUGUCGAGGAGCCAACAUCAUCAGAAGACUUCUGUCCAGUCUGCCAGAUGCCAUUCAGCAUUUUGGUCGUGCAGACCCAAAGAUGGCAUAUCGCUGAAUGUCUGGACACUCCAAGGGACAAAUGCAAAGAAUGUACAGAUGGCCUCCAGUGCUCUUCCACCAUUCCAAACCACUACAAGAACUUCAAACACACGCUCCUCGCUCACAGUCGUGCAAACAGCAACACGGCCAUCGUCGCUCAGUCCCAGGAAGCCGCCGUGCCUCCCAGUCCGUGCCAGGUGAACAUCUGUUCGUUCGAGGAGUUGCAGUCUUGCUCUCCGUGUUCUGCCGCCUCAUUCAGUCCCAGUUUCUCCCCACAAGCGACUCUCUCUGGAACUCCUCCUUCAAAAGCAACAAAUGGGCUUUUGUUGCUGCGCUCUCCAGGACCCGAAGACUUUAAGAAAAAGAAAGGCUGGUCUACUAAAAGCCAGACGUCUGUUGUUUCCUCACAGGAGCUUUCGUCUACUCCUGUCAAAGAAAGCAAUACAAUGAAACCAUGUGAAGAGGAAUCUCUCUCCAAAGACGACGAGGCCAUAUCCUACUCUCCUCUGUCAGAACUCCCUGCAGAAUCUGAUACCAAAUCUCUUUUUAAUAAUGAUACAUGUAAAAACGAAGACUCCAUGACACUUUUUGAUGACAGCUUUUCUGAAGAUGAGCUCCUGGUGGAUUUUAUUGGUGGAAAUGUGGACGCCACCAGCGAGCCAGUGAGAGAUCCGGCCUCCUCAGACACUCACCUGCCUCCAUUUUCCUCAUUAGCUCAUAACCAAGAAGCUGCUUCCUCAUUUGCUGCAAACAGAGCCACGCCCUCUGUGAGUGAAGGAGCAUGUGGCCGUUCUGGUGCUUGGAUGAAGUCACCACAGAGUCUUGUUUUGGAGCACCUGAGAGAAACUCUUCAGUCCUCACAGGGUCAGUCCGGCGUUCAACCAGAGCAAAGCAUGCCGCCUCAGAAGGGAUCCAAAACAGUGGGACAGGCCUCUGGUUUGAAGCAGAUGGACAUCGGGUUGUUUUUCGGCCUUAAACCACUGAAGGAGAAAGAGGCUGCGAACGGACCGCAUGUUCUCGACGGCUCCUCUGUUCAGCCUGCUGGGGAGAACACGGGAGGGAGGAGACCAAGGAGAAACGGGCAAAGCAAAGGGAUUACCAAAACUCCCGGUGACGCCCAGCAGGAUUUGAGUUCAGCAGGUGGGCAACAAGAAGCAGCGAGAGGAGGGGCUCAAGGGUGGAGAAGAAGAGGGUGGAGCAGAGUUAAUGCAGAUGGAGAAGUGCAGUUACCUCGCUGUCCAUUCUAUAAAAAGAUUCCAGGCACCAAGUUUGCCAUCGAUGCAUUUCAGUACGGAGAGAUUGAGGGCAUUUCUGCAUAUUUCCUCACACAUUUCCACUCGGAUCAUUAUGGAGGACUGACCAGAAACUCCACACUUCCUAUUUACUGCAACAAAAUCACGGGGAACCUGGUGAAGAGCAAACUGAGGGUAGCAGAGGAAUAUGUUCACAUCCUCCCCAUGAACACAGAGGUCAUCGUAGAAGGAGUCAGGAUCUGCCUCCUGGACGCCAACCACUGUCCAGGGGCGGCCAUGCUGCUGUUCUUCUUGCCUGAUGGACAGACGGUCCUCCACACUGGGGAUUUUCGAGCUGACCCCUCCAUGGAGACCUACCCCGAGCUGCUCGGCUGUCGGGUCCAGACGCUCUACUUGGACACCACGUACUGCAGUCCUGAGUACACCUUUCCCAAACAGCAAGAGGUCAUCAACUUUGCAGCCAACAGAGCCUUUGAGUCGGUCACCCUGAAUCCCCGCACACUUGUGGUGUGUGGCUCCUACUCUGUGGGGAAGGAGAAGGUCUUUUUGGCUCUGGCAGAGGUCUUGGGGUCCAAAGUGUCCCUCUCCAAAGAUAAGUACAACACCAUGUGCUGCCUGGAGUCAGAACAAAUCAAGAAACGGAUAACCACCGACUGGAAGGGAGCACAGGUCCACGUGCUACCCAUGAUGCAACUCACCUUCAAAAAACUCCAGGAUCACCUGGCGCGGUAUUCGAGUCAGUAUGAUCAGCUUGUGGCCUUCAAACCCACAGGCUGGACCUUCAGCCAGCAGGUGGGAUCAGUGGAUGACAUCCAGCCUCAGAUCAGUGGAAACGUAUCAGUUUAUGGAAUCCCCUACAGUGAACACAGCAGCUUUCUGGAGCUGAAGCGCUUCGUCCAGUGGCUCAGGCCGCUGAAGAUCAUUCCCACCGUUAACGUUGGCAGCUGGGCGAGCAGGAAAGCCAUGGAGAAGAGUUUCAGAGAGUGGCUCACCCAAACAAAACCGUAACUUGGAACCAACAAACCUGAGCAAAUCCUGGCCAGUUUCUAGGAAUAUACAAUACUUGAAGAGGUUGGAGGUCUUUUAGUAUGAACAUCUAUGUUAUUAUUUUACCAUUGAUGUGUUCAAUAAAUGAUUACAUUUAAAAAUAAUGAUCCUUUUUCUUCCCCAGUUUAUCUUUUACUGUCAUGUUCCCAUGUUAUACUGAACGUUGGAACUGAACAAAGCAGGCGCGUUGCCGACUUUAUCACUGCAUCCUCAUCCAAGCUUUAAAGCUGUCUUAAUGUUUUUAUUCUUGCAAAUAAAUAUUUUAAACACUUU